AUGAGAAGAAAAUGUAUCCACUGGGCACAAAAAAAAACUAGUCGCAAGAGAACUAUCUCUCUUGUUCUUUAUUCCUCACCCUCUUUUAAUCCCUGUUUCACCCUUUGUCCCACUCUUCAGCAUUUUCUUUUUAUUUCUGUCACACUUGACUCACUCUCCUUUAUUCUCUUCAUCAUAUCCCUCACUCUUUUUAUUUUUAUCACUCUCUUUGUUAAAUCAUCCUUCAUUCUGUUUCUCUAUCUGCUACCCUCUUUGCCACACUCUCUCUCCACUAAAUCUUAUUUUAUCUUUCUUUCUCUUCAUUAUUUCCUAUCUAUCUAUCUAUCUAUCUAUCUAUCUAUCUAUCUAUCUAUCUAUCUAUCUAUCUGCUAUAGCACAUACCUAUGGACAAUAAUGGGUUAUAAAACUAUCUAUCUUAUCCAAUUCACAUCUAUUGGUCUAUCUAUCUCAUCUUAUUCACAUCUAUCUAUCUAUCUAUCUAUCUAUCUAUCUAUCUAUCUAUCUCAAUCUGUUCAUAUCUAUCUAUGA